GCCGAAUUCAACCGGCUGAGGACCAAAAUAGACUUACUCCGUCUCUGCAAGACUAACGAGACAGUUUCUGUUGCGGUCCCACACAACCAGCCGACCGAUUGUGAAGAGCUGUCUCUAAGCGCUCAUUUUGGUCAGCUCGUCAACUCUGUGUUAUCUGUUACGCGCCAGAUGCAGAAGCGUGGGUUGGCUAAUGUCGGCCAGCCCAACCUUUUCUACAUGUUGCUUGGAUGUGGCAUCAUCUGGAUGGUUAGUUGCACUCCGAUGAAUCCUUUUGCCGGAAUAUCACAAUUCUGUUGUGAGAUGGAGAAGGAUUGA